AAAACACGGAAGCAGUUGUGUCUGUGGAGCUGUCAGCUGGCUCAAUGAGGAGAAACUUGUCGUUUUGUGGAUUUAAUGAGCUGUUCCUGUUAUAUUUGACAGUUUGAGAGGUCAAAAAGUGUUCUUCUGUCAUCGCAGGAAGCCCAGUCGGGCUGCAGGCGGCUGCCGAGGAUGGCGAAGGUGUUUCGCUGUCAGGCUCGUCAUGGCUACGCUGUGGAAGUGUCUCCGUUCAUCCCCAACCGAGUGGCCUGCGCUACCUCUCAGUACUAUGGCAUAGCUGGAUGUGGCACCCUCCUGGUCCUAGAUGAGACGGAGACAGGAGUUGUUCUUGUGAGAAGCUGGGAGUGGAGUGACGGUCUCUUCGACAUAUCCUGGAGCGAAACCAACGAGCAUGUCCUGGUCACCGGGGCCGGGGAUGGCAGCCUGCAGCUGUGGGACACAGCCAAUCACGACGCUCCGCUGAGAGUGGCCAAAGAACACACACAGGAGGUGUAUUCUGUGGACUGGAGUCAGACGCGAGGAGAGAACCUCAUCGUCUCUGGAUCGUGGGAUCAAACCGCCAAAGUGUGGGACCCCGCUCUCAACCGGUCGCUGACCACGCUCAGGGGUCACGAUGGGGUCAUCUACAGCACCAUUUGGUCGCCUCACAUCCCGGGGUGCUUUGCUUCAGCCUCAGGUGACGGGACGCUCAGAGUUUGGGAUGUGAAGAGCGCCGCAUGUCGACUGGCCAUCCCAGCGCACAAGGCUGAGAUCCUUAGCUGUGAUUGGUGCAAAUAUGACCAGAAUAUUGUGGCCACGGGCUCAGUCGACUGCAGUGUGUGUGUGUGGGAUCUGAGGAACGUCCGGCAGCCUGUCAGUCGGCUGCAGGGCCACACCUACGCCAUCCGCCGAGUCAAGUUUUCUCCGUUCAGCAAGACCUUGUUGGCGUCCUGCUCGUACGACUUCACUGUCAGGUUCUGGGAUUAUAGCGGUAACCAGCCUCUGGACACUGUGGAACACCACUCAGAGUUUGUCUGUGGGCUGGACUUCAAUCUGCACAUCCCAAAUAAGGUGGUGGACUGUUCCUGGGAUGAGACAGUGAAGAUCUACACGCCCGCCUGUCUGUCGGCUGGAACACACGGGACAGCGCCGUAGAACACACACACACACACACACACACACACACACACACACACACACACACACACACACACACACACACACAGCCACUUUUUCUGCCCGUCUGUUCGUGGAUAUAUUUAUUUCAUGAACAAUAAUAUGAACAAACACAUAUGUGCUUUAAAAAACAACAACAUUAAUCAGAAACUUGUACGUCGUACUGAUGCGUUCCAGGAUGAACCAGGUUUAAAUUUAGGGAAUCUGACGCAUAGUUAUCAUUUCACCACUUCCUGGUUGAUCAGCGUCUGAAAAUAAGGAAAUGUAAAGUGAAAAAUGUGGAGGGACGUGUGGCCAUAUUUCAAGGCAAAACAGCAUAUUUAAUAGCUGAUUAGCUAACAUCAGACAACAGCUAACAUGAGCAUCCAACCACUUCCUAGCUAACGCUGCAGUUAAAUAGUUUUAUUUCUUAAAUAUCACUGCUCAUCUUCAACACAUUUUUAAAGGCCUGAACUAAAACACUGGAUGCUAUAAAACCGUAAUGUUAGCUAGGAAGUGGUUGAAUGCUAACGUUAGCUAACAGGCUUGUUUUGCCUUGAAGUAUAGCUCAAUGUCCCUCCAGAUUUUCACUACACAAACAAAAUGUUUCUUAAAUGUUAUUACAGAAAUGUUCCAUAUCAUGUCUUUGAUUAUCGAGUGGGUUCAUGCUUACAAGUGUUGAAGCGGCGUCUCGAACAGCGGUCCCCGGCUCGGACGCCAUCUCACCUGGCUGUGACUCCACCUCCUGACAUCAGAGUCAGCUCGUGAAAACGUCAUGUGAACGUGAUGCUACAUGUAUCGUAGAAACGCUGACACGUAUGAAACGCUGAAACACGAAAAUGCCUUUAUUUUAUCCUGCUGAGUUUUCAUCGAGCCUCAUCGUAUUUUCGUAUAUUUAAGUUUUUGAUGAUGUGCCAAGGCAUCUAAAAUAGAUUCAGUCCUCAAUUUGGAAACAACUGUCUCUGUCCUCAAAAUGUAAAAGAUAAAAUAUGUUUUUUUUUUUCCCAAUUUUUUUGUUUGAAGAAAGCAUGAGUUUUUAAAUUUUAAUUUAAUUUAAUUUGAUGAAGUACAGUUCGGUAAUCUUGUUGUCUGAGUAUGUGAUGACAUUUUAUGAGCAUCGUACAUGUUUCAGUCUUGAUUAAUACGCCGUGUUGACUUUAAUUCCAUAACAUCCAUGUCAUUAUCUGCUCCGUCUUUGUCUCAGUGAUUUUCUGUUAAUGUGGAGAUAAAAAAAAAUGUCAACUGUGACUAAUUUCACCGCUGAAUUGGCAUCAGCGUGGAUGAUCUGUGUGUGCAGUGCCUUCAAUAAAGAUGCAAAUACCAUCGAGA